CGGCCGCCGCGCAGCCGCUGCUGACGUCGCUGCUGUCAGACAUGCUGGACCGACUGCGCGCCGACCGCUUCCACGGGCACCGCUUCGACCGCGGCCACGCCGGUCGGCUGUGCGACGCGGCCGGCACGUUCGCCUGCCAGGGCGAGUUCGCCGCCGAGCGGUGCGGCUACGACGACCACCGGGUGAACCCCUACAGCAGCCGCGAGCAGCGCAUCGUGUUCUCCACGUGGAACCUGGACCACCGCAUCGAGAGGUCGCGGACGAUCCUGCCGACGCUGGUGGAGACCGCUCAGUCGGCCGGACCGCACCGCCGGGUCAACUCCGACUACUUCUACCGGCUGCUCUUCACCACGGAGAACCUGCGCCUGGUGCACGUCGUUUGUCACGACAAGGGCUCGCAUGACCGCUUCACAUGCGACCCCAAACUGGUGUACGUCCGCUGACGGCGCCCCGCGGUCGGCGGUCCAGGUGGAGUGUCGUCGAUGUGGCGAUGGGUGGCGGCCGUGUUUUAGGAUGUGUCCAGGGAGUUUUGUUUUAACUUUCGAUGCCAAUGCCUUUGGCUUGGUCGAUCUAGUUUUUCAAUGCUUAUAUGGGGAUCGCCACAGCGAUUUGGUGCGCCAAGAGCGAUGGCACUGCCACACCAAAUGGUGGAGUGCUAGUAUAACUCACUCGGUCUGGUGAUAACUGCAUUCGAGUUGUGAUGAUACCAACCUUGUGAUGUCAACAGUCAUGAUCAAUCUUGCCGCGUCUAUUUGCCUCCUCUGAUGACCAUCUUGCAAGUAAUUGGACAUUUAGAACAUGAACACGAUGACGGUUAACAACUGCAAAC